AUGGGACAGACUGUCACCACCCCCUUGAGCCUUACGCUUGACCACUGGUCGGACGUGAAGGCACGAGCCAACAACAAGGGAAUGGUGGUCAAAAAGAAUAAAUGGAUUACCCUCUGCGAGGCCGAAUGGGUCAUGAUGAAUAUAGGAUGGCCUCGCGAGGGAACCUUUAACAUCAGUCUUAUUUCACAGGUAGAGGGAAGAGUCUUUGCCCCAGGUCCACAGGGCCACCCGGACCAAGUCCCAUACAUCUCCGUAUGGAGGCUCCUGGCGACAGAACCCCUUCCAUGGGUUAGGCCAUUCCUCUCCCCUCCGACGCCCCGGGGCACCCCCCCAACGGCACCGCCGCCCCCCCUUGCCUCCCCUACCUCCUCCCUUUACCCUGUUCUCCCACGAAAGGAUUCUCCUAAGACCCCUGUUCUCCCCCCCGACCCCAAUUCACCUCUUAUUGACCUCAUGACAGAAGACCCACCACCUUACCCAGCCCCCAUGGCGAUGUUGGAACCACCGCUGGCGGCCCCUGAACAUCCUCCGCAGAGAGGGUCAGAUGAUGAGACUCCGGCCACCUCCCCAAUUGCUGGUCGCCUACGAGGCAAACGUGACGAACCAGCCAAGGAAUCCAGAGUCUUUCCUCUCCGGGAGGGCCCUAAUCAUCAGCUCCAAUAUUGGCCCUUCUCGGCCUCUGACCUUUACAAUUGGAAACAACAUAACCCCCCCUUCUCUAGGGACCCUGUUGCCUUGACUAACCUGAUUGAGUCUAUUUUAGUGACCCACCAGCCCACAUGGGACGACUGUCAGCAGUUGCUGCAGACCCUCCUGACGGUGGAGGAAAAGCAGCGAGUCUUCUUGGAGGCUCGGAAGCAGGUUCCUGGAGAUGAUGGAAGACCCACCCAGUUGCCUAAUGUCAUUGAUGCAGCCUUUCCCCUCACCCGCCCAAACUGGGACUUCACGACCCCCGAAGGUAGGGAGCACCUACGUCUCUAUCGCCAGUUGCUCUUAGCAGGUCUCCGAGGGGCUGCUAGGCGCCCCACCAAUUUGGCUCAGGUUAGAAGCACGAUCCAGGGAAAGGAGGAGACUCCAGCAGCCUUUCUAAAGAGACUCAAAGAGGCCUAUCAAAUGUAUACCCCAUAUGAUCCGGAGGAUCCAGGUCAGGCACCGAGCGUUAUCUUGUCCUUCAUCUAUCAAUCAAGUCCAGAUAUAAGGGCCAAGUUACAGAGACUAGAGGGAUUGUAUUCGUUCAGUUUGUCAGAUAUAUUGAGAGAGGCAGAGAAAGUGUUCAAUAAAAGGGAAACUCCCAAAGAGCGGGAGGAGAGGAUGUGGCAAAAACAGGAAGAGAGAGAGAAAAAGCGUCAUAGGGAAAUAAGUAAAGUCCUGGCCGCUGUAGUAUCACAGGGACAGGGACAGCCAGUGACCUUCCUAGUGGAUACCGGGGCUCAACAUUCAGUCCUGACUCAUACCGGAGGCUCUCUCAGUGACCGUACAGCUUUGGUCCAGGGGGCCACAGGUAGCAGGAGAUAUCAAUGGACCACUGAAAGAAAGGUUCAGCUGGCAUCUGGACAGGUAACCCACUCUUUUCUACAUAUACCCGAUUGCCCUCACCCAUUGUUGGGCCGAGACCUGCUGACUAAACUCAAGGCUCAGAUCUAUUUUGAUGACAAAGGGUCAACUGUUACGGGGCCCAAAGGGACCCCCUUACAAGUCCUAGCCCUGAACUUAGAAGAGGAAUACCGCCUGUUUGAAUCUGAGCCCUCUAAGGAACCCCCGCAGGGGAUGCAGAACUGGUUGAAGGAAUUUCCCUCGGCAUGGGCAGAGACUGGCGGCAUGGGGCUGGCACACGACCAACCCCCACUUGUUAUACAGUUAAAAGCUACCGCCACCCCCAUUUCAAUCAAACAAUAUCCCAUGUCCCGGGAAGCCCAUGAGGGCAUUAAACCACACAUUCGGAGGCUCUUGGACCAGGGAAUACUUAUGCCCUGUCGAUCCCCUUGGAAUACCCCCCUCCUGCCUGGGUUUAAGAACAGCCCGACCCUCUUUGAUGAAGCCCUACACUCAGACCUGGCCGAGUUCCGGGUCGAACACCCGGCCUGA